CCUCCUCCCACUUUAUUUUCUCUUCCUCCUCUACCUGUCUGUCGUCAGUGAAAGCUGGGAAUGCUGGGAACGACACCAAACUCCUGCUCACUGCAUCCGUCACUGGGAUACAGCUGGAUACAGAGUAGUUGAGAUCUUACGGAGGGCAGACUAUCAGGGAGGAUGAACCGCUCCACGGUGAGCUGCUUGAAGACUCUGGUGGUGGCGCUCCACUUCCUCUGCUGGCUGUGUGGUGCCUUCGUGGUGGCCUUCGGGGAGUUCCAGAUGAUACACUCUAAAUUCGCCUCUCUGGUCACCACCUUCUGGCCCGUCUACCCCGCCAACACCCUGGUGGUCACCGGCGCCAUCGUCACCUGUGUGUGUUACCUGGGAGUGCUGGGAGGCAUGAAGGAGAACCGCUGCAUGCUCAUUACGUUUUUCGUCCUGCUGUUCAUCCUGAUGCUGGUGGAGCUGGCCAUGGCCUGUGUGUUCCUGGUCUACAGCAGAGAGAUUGACACGUACUUUGAAAGAGAUCUGAUGGGAAGCUUGGAGAUCUACAGAGAUUCCAGUCCAGAAGGCAAUAAGACCAUCAAGGAUGACUUCGAUGCUGUUCAGUACCUGUUCAGGUGCUGUGGAGUUCAUGGUGUGGCAGACUGGGAGGGGAAAGUUCCAAUCUCCUGCUGUACUAAGGACCCCUGUAACACCCCCAACCAACCCAACUGGGAAGAGGGUUGCCUUGAGAAACUGAGGGACUGGUUUGCCAGAAAUUACCUCAGCACAGGGGCAGGAGUGGUCACAAUGUUUAUCAUACAGUUUGUUUGCCUGUCUGUCACCAUCCCUCUCUUUUGCCACUUCAGUCGACAAGGACUGGGUUACCAGUAAAAAGAAUCAACAAAAUGGUUUCUGAAAGUUACAGCUCUCCCUCAACUCUCCACGUUAACGGGAGGCGUUUCCUCCUGUCAAAUAUUUAUUAAUCUGUUCUGAAUAGCCAAAGUCCCGCUGCCAUUAGCAGCCAUUAAGAAAAGAGUGAAGGGAGUAAAAUGUGAGGGUGACUCAUUAUUACUGUUAAUGAUGUCUGUAGGUGACAGAUGUGAAGACAUUUCAUUGGUAGAUAAGUCAUGACAUGAUCAUGUAGGACCUACAGUAAUUCACAAAGACCCCAAACUAUGGUCCCCUAAAGAGUGCUAAACAAGAUUAUAUUCAUUACUUUAAGACAUCGGCUAUUCCCAAUACACUCAGGUGAUUAUAAUCAUCUCCUCCUCCCCAGUAAUAACUAUAGCCUAAAUCUGCUCCUGUUUUUCUACUUGCUGCUCCUUCUGUUAUUCAAACCCUGUCCGACAGUCUGUCCUUGUAUUUCUACAGUAAAUCUCUGAGAUUUUAUUUCCUUUGUCCUGUAUUUUAUCAGCUCUGUGUGAAGUUUCCCAGUUUGAUUGAAGAAUGUUCAGACCAUGUAGGAACAAAUCUAGUAACGGAUCUGACACAGAAACAGAUUAAAACUGAGAAGGGAUCUGCACCUCA